UUAGGAUUCCAAAUAUUGAGUUAGGCGAAAAGAAAAAUCGGAAAAUAGGAGCAUUUCGCAAAUCAAAGAAAAAAUGACACAAUUUAACCUCCAACCCGAUACCUUAUAGCGGUCGACCCGGUGGUUGUGUGCGGCCCGCAUUUCUCACUAGGUCAGGGUCAAAGUGGGUAGACCGGCGGGUUGACAACCUUGCUUUUUUGUCACACUUUCCUUCUUCCAAUUCAAUACUAUUGAAACCAAAAAAUGCUACAAGACUUUAUUCUAUAGAAUGAACAAUUACAUAAAAUCGUUGGGUGUGCUUGACUUUUCCCAAAAUGUCAUAAAAAUGUUUCUUUUUUAAUAAGGGUGAUAUAGAUUACCUUUUUGUUAUUAGGUACUACUGAAGGGACUCGAACUGAGACCUUCCGGUUGAAGGUUAUUGGUAUUACCACUAGACCAAUUCCUUGUUCGUUUAAAAAUGCCAUUUUUCUUACUAGUGACUUUGUAUUACUCUUCUAGUUGAAAAAUGAAGCCUACUAAUUUACUAUGAGUCAAUAGGCAUUUAGCACACUGCUAAGUGAUGAGAAUUGUAUCGAGUGUAAGAUUAUGAUUAUGGUUUGUGAUAGCAAACUGUGGACAAAACUAAACCAUGAUUGGAUUUGGAGGGAGGGAUGCACAAAUAUAGGAACUUGAUUCAUGGAGAAAAUAUAUAGAAUUAAAAGAUUCCCCAUGAAUCAAAAAGCACCAACUAUAGAAGAACAUGUCUUAUCGCAAUGCAAAUAGUAAGCAUAGUAACAUCCAAAAAUAGCCCUUUUUCUAUACACCACUUUUAAUUAAUCACAGAAGAAAAAAAACGUGAGCUAUAAUUUGAUUGGUCUUGAAACCAUUUUAACUGUAAAAGCCCACCUAAUCAUCAAUGGACAACCAACAAAAAUUUAGGCACAAAUUAAUCAAAAUAUAGGAUGUGACGAUCCCUUUAUAGUCUCCUUUCUUCUUCUUUUUUCUCCUCAUUUUCCAAACCCCAAAUCUCUCAUCAACAAAUAUACCCCAGCCCCUAAAGAUGAUGAACACCCACCUCCUGAAUCCUUGAGGUAAUAAAAAAAAUUCGAAUCAUUUUCUCCUUUCAUCUCAUAUACUUCUAUCAAGAAUGAAAGAUGCAUGCCCACUAUUCGACGAAAUCCCCCGUUUUUAAUUGGUUGCUAUUGUUUUUAUUUUUAUGUUUUUAUCAAAUGGAUUAUGUAGAGAACUGGAUUUUCAUACAUUUUUCCCGUGGUUGAUCAAUAUUUUGGUUUUAUGCUUUCUUCUUUUGAUGAACUUUUUGGAUUAGAUUGUUGAAGAUCAAAAGGAGGGGAGAUGGCGGAUGCAGCGGCCAACCAAUACUGGUGUCACAUGUGUAGUCGCAUGGUGAAUCCAGUCGUGGAACCCGAAGUCAAAUGCCCCAUCUGCGAGAGUGGGUUUGUCGAAGAAGUGGCUGGCGGAAACAACAACACAAUAAUAGACCUCACCACCACCAACAAUAACAACAAUAGCAAUAAUAGCAACAAUAUUGAUACUAAUUCUAAUAACAACAAUGACAAUAUUAAUGGAUUUGAUGUGGAAUCAGAACGUGCAUUCUCUCUUUGGGCUCCAAUCUUGCUCGGCUUAAUGGAUGGCUUUGGAGCUUACCGCCCCCCUCUUGCUUCUCUCCCGGCCCCGCCUCGAACCAAUGUAGCAACCACUGACAAUGAAGAGGACCACGAAUUAAACCAUCAACUACUCGAUAGGGAGUUUGAGACCUUACUCCGAAGGAGAAGGACAAGAAGCACGGUCUCGUUCCUUCGACUGCUCCACGAUAUUCGUGCUAGGGCGGAAACCACUCUCGCCCAACAUCACCACCUCCAUAAUAAUCAAGAGAAUGAUGAUGAUGAUGAGUAUGGUCGUCGUAGCAGGAACAGUCGUUUGAUCUUGGUCGAUCCAUUCAACGAAGGUGCUUUGAUCCUCCAUGGCCCACCUGAUUCGUCAACUCGACCUGACAACAUUGCUCCCACUCCAACUACUACUACCACCGUGACUCGUUCUUUCGCGGACUACCUCGAAGGCCCCGGAUUGGAUUUGUUGCUCCAACACUUGGCCGAGAACGAUCCCAACAGAUAUGGGACCCCUCCUGCUCAGAAAGAGGCUGUCAAUGCAAUGCCAACCGUGACCAUUGACGAGAACAAUCUGCAGUGUGCGGUCUGCCUCGAGGAUUUCGAGCUUGGAGCUGAAGCGAAAGAGAUGCCUUGCAAGCAUAAGUUCCACGAGGGUUGCAUCCAUCCUUGGCUGGAGCUCCACAGCUCUUGUCCUGUUUGCAGGUUCCAAAUGCCCACCACUACUGAUGAUGAUGGUUCCAAGAUCGAGCCAAAUGGUUCAAAUGAUGGUGGUGCUAGUUUUAGUUUCGUGGGAGGAGAACAAGUAGGGAGUCCAAACGAGAGGAGGCAUCGAUUUCCAUUAUUCCCAUUCGACGCUUCACUUCCGUUCUUGAGGUCAAGAAGUGGUGUUGGGAAUUAUGUUCCAGGCGCUUCAUCAUCAUCAUCAUCGACAUCGUAAUCUUCUACUAGCACUAAUACUAGUGUGGUUGUGCCUCUAUUGGGAGAUUCUUCUAAUUCUCAUGAUGAAUCCCGAGGACACGAGCAGCCUUGAACAAAAAGCAAAUAUAAAAGGUUUUUGCAGCAAAUUGGAUUUUUUUUUUUAUAAUUCCACUUUUUAAAGUAUAGCUUUCUCUCACACACACACAUUUGUUUCCACAAAAAAAUAUUCAGUUUGCUCUUGGCCUCCUGUUAUGUUAAUUCCUGUAAAUUUUUUGCUCAAGGAGUUUGUUGUAUUCUUCAAGGGACUCUUUAAUGGUGAAGGGAAAAAAAACAAUUAAUGCAUAUUCUAUAGUCCUCCUCAUUUUUAGCAAGUUAAAAUCACAAUGCUACUUAUAUAAGUAUCCAUAUUGAUUUCACUGCAUAACUACUAUUCAAUAAAAAGAAAAACUCAUUAUACAUGUAAAAUUCAUAAAAUUCGAACAUUUUUAUAGUCCUAAGUGGUUUGAUGCAGUGGCGGACCCAAAGAAAUUAUAGAAGUGUUCGAUUACCACUGAAUAUGAGUAAAAACUAUUGAUCCAGAAUAGGAUUUUUUAAAAUUUUUAAAAACAAUGAGGAUUUUUUCGUGAUUUAAAAAAAUGAAUGCAUAUUCUUAUAGUCCUCCUUAUUUUAGCAAGUUAGAAUCACAAUGCUACUUAAAUAAGUUUCCAUCCUGAUUUCACUACAUAACUAUUGAAUAAAAAAAAAUCUCAUGUUACAUGUAACAUUCAUAAAAUCAAACAAUUUUAUAUUCCUAAGUGGGUUGAUGUAGGAGCAAACCCAAUAACUUUUUAGAAGUAUUCGGAUACCUCUAAAUUUGAGUAAAAAAUAAGCGGCAAUGAAUAGUAUUUUCUAGU